AUGGUAAAAGCCUUCAAUGAUGAUCACAGCUGCAACGUUACUGGUUAUAGCAAGAUUAUUACGCAAGAGGUUAUUGCUAGGAAGGCAAAGGCAAGAGCAUUGGAGAUUAUUCAAGAAGAGCAUGAUGAGCAAUACUCAAUAAUCAAAGAUUAUCGACUUAAGCUAUUAGAUUCUAAUGUAGGAUCAACUGUAGAGGUAGAUACAUUUGAGGGAGAAGAUGGAGGACUAGAUGUCUUCUUCAUAUUUUAUGUGUGCUUUGCUAGGAUUAAGAAAACAUGGUGUCAAUAUUCUCGUCCAAUAUUUGGCAUUGAUGGUUGCUUUCUCACAUACUACACAAAAGGACAGUUGUUGGCUGUCGUGGGACGCGAUUCAAAUAAUCAAAUGUAUCCACUUGCAUGGGCUGUGGUGGACAAAGAGGAUGAAGAAAACUGGAAGUGGUUCAUUGGAAAGUUGCAGUCUGAUUUGAAUUUGCGAGAUGGUGCUGGUUUUACACUCAUUUCAGACAGACAAAAGGGUUUGUUGAAUGAUGUUUCUGAGUUAUUGCCACAAGUUGAGCAUCAUAUGUGUGCAAGACACAUAUAUGCUAACCUAAAGAAGAAGCAUCCACAUAGGGCUGACAUGAAAGCAAAGUUCUUGAAGGUUUCCAAGAGUUAUAACAGCGCACAAUACAUCAAACGCUUGGACAAGUUGAAGAUUCUUGCCUAUUUCAAGUCAACAUCCUCUUGUGAUGAUGUAAGUAACAACAUCAAUGAGUCAUUUAACAAUGCCAUUAACGUUACAAGAGAGUUGCCAUUGGUGGAAAUGCUUGAAACUAUCAGGAGCAGAGCAAUGGUGCGCAUAAAUAUUAGAAGGAAGAAGGCAAAUAAUCACAAAGGUCAGUAUACUAUAAAGGCGAUGGAGAGGGUGAAUCUAGAGCAGAAGAAGAUAUUAAACUGUGCAGCCAUUCCUGCUGGUCCAGGUGAGUAUGAGGUUAAGGAGAAGAAAUCAUCAUAUAAGGUUCACAUGGCCAUGCAUUUUUGCACAUGCCGGAAGUGGGAGAUGUCAGGCAUUCCUUGUCGGCAUGCUUUGAAGGUGAUUUCAGUCAAGAAACUCAAGGUAGAGGACUAUAUAUCAUCUUGGUAUCUGACUUCUAGGUGGAGGAAUGAGUACAAUGCACAUAUAGAUGCAGUUAGAGGAAAAAACUUUUGGCCUAAGUCCGAUCAGACUGAGAUACAGCCACCACCAAGACCGAUAAGUCAAGAUAAAAACAGUGUCCCUAAAAGAAUCAAGGAGAGGAAUAAGUCACCACAAAAGAAGAAGAGCAAGGGAAAAGAACUUAAAGUUACUAGAGAAAGGAGGAUCAUCCAUUGUGGAAGAUGUUUUGAGGUUGGGCAUAACAUAAGGGGCUGCAAGCUAAGUGGACCUCUGUAUUAUAGACAUUCAAAAAAGUCUAAAGUAGUUGGAAGAUGUCAGAGUUGUGCAUCGGAUCAAGUCAGCCACCUCAAAGCCAAAUUAUUGAUUGAUUUCGCAGGUCUCUAUAGUUGGUGUGGGAUAUUCAAAUUUUAUUAG